GAUACUUUCAGAAACAUGUAGAGAUACGGAGUUUAUAUUGUUUUCAAUAUCAUGCGAGAUUAAAAGAAUAUAAACACAAGACCAGUUUCGUCCAGUCUCAUCCUGGCGGAGAAUUACUAUAUAAUGGGGGCUCCGGCCGCCGACGACGAGAACUUCUGUCUCCGUUGGAACGAUUACGAGAAGAAAUAUGCGGAAACUUUUAGAACCCUAAGGGAAGAUGUUCACUUUGCUGACGUAACCUUAGCUUGUGAGGGGCACUCGGUGAAAGCGCACAGAAUUAUAUUGUGCGCGUGCUCUAGUUAUUUCCAGAAUAUCCUGAAAUCCAUUAAUCCUGCUCAACAUCCAGUCCUUCUCCUAUCAGACGUUAGACUCAGUGAUAUGACUGCACUGAUGGACUUUAUAUACUUUGGACAGGUAAACAUAACGCAAGAUUCCUUACAAUCGUUUCUUAAAGUGGCGGAUAAACUGAAGAUAAAAGGAUUAUGUGAACGUGGAACCCUUAUCCCUGAGGGCGUACCUUUCCAUAAUACAAUUACAAUCCCCCUUAAGGAGGAUAAAUCUAAACCUACAAGUAUUCUCCCUCACCCAACCUUCGAAACCUUACUCCCUCGAUCUCCGUUCCUGGAGCAAACCUCCCUCUCAGGACAGAUCCUACCCUCCAUCCGACAAAAUAUUGUCAGCUCUGCCCCUCCGGCUCACCAGGCCCCAAAGAACACCCAGUCCCGAGGCACUAUUAGAUCCGCCGAACCUCAAUACAUGCUCAUCUCAUCUCCAAAGAAAAGCAAGUAUAAUAUGACCGGAGGACAUCCUUCUAUCCUCCGAAACACCCUGAUCAACAAGGAUAUGGGGUCUGGAGUAGAGGUGAAAGCUGAACCUUUAAUGAUUAACAACUCUCACUCCCAGGAGGAGGUUCCUUCAAGUGUCGCCUCCGUCUCUGUUACGGAGUUCAUCACUACUGAGGGUGACCUGUCCCUGCCUCCGCUCCCCCACAGUAUGUCAACCCAGUUUAUGUUUACCUCAGACCCCUCCGGAGAACAAGGAACAGUUGCUCCUGCUCCGGCCACUCAUGUAACCAUACAACCAGAGAAGGAUAAUAUUACAUCUGUCACAGGAUCUGGAUACAGUACAACAAGAGUAGUUUCCUUAUCCGUCGGGAAUCAAGGAAAUCAAAUUGAUCACAACCAAUCCCAGGGACGGAUGGAAGAUCAUGAGCCCAAGGACCUGACUCCCAUGCAGGAUGUAGGGAACCACAGUGGUAUGGGAGGGAUGGGAGGCUCCCCUGAGACUCCAGGGAAAAAGGAUCGGAAUUCCAGAAAGCAAUGUCCAUACUGCAACAAAGAUUUUCAUGAGAUGUCCCUGAAACGACACAUCAAAGAUGUUCAUUUUCGGAACCAAAACACUGUCGUUAUCUGUCCUCAGUGCUGUAAACAGUACGCCAGUCAAAACUCGCUCUAUUCGCAUCUAAACCGGGUGCACGGAGUUAAGAAAGACGACCUGCAGAUGUUAACAACAACUGUGCACGGGCAGUCCCAUGGUGGAGAUCAUGAGAUGAUGGUUCGGCACGACCAGCACAAUGAUAGCAGUGCUGAGGGUAUAAUGGAUCUGGCACAACAUUCCGAUCAUUCAAACUAAACUCGAGACCUGAGUGCGUCAGGAAAAAUAGAGCAAAUAUGAGAGCUAGUGUCGACAUUUUAGGGAGAAUUGCGACCUGGUUCCUUGAAGUAUUUGCGUAUUUUACUGAUACAAAUUGAAACGGUUGACUUUAAUCUGUUACCUGAACCAAGGAUAGUUUACGUAUAUAUGCAUCAGCAACUAAAAAUAUUGAAAGUAUUUAGUGGUAAUAAUUAUUUAUUUAUUUGUUCUACUUUAAAAUCUUGGGGAAAGAGUCGUGUUUUAUUUGAAUCAUCAUUUUUUUGUAAAUUAUAAUUUCGCAAUAUAUUAAAAUCAAAUUGUUUAACUCUCAGAUGUUAUAGCCCUUCAAUUAACUAUGGCACAGCAGGAUAAAGAUUUGAUCCCUUGCUUAUGAUAAAGUACAAAAAAAAACUUUGUAAAGUAGUACUGGUGAGUUUAGUACACAACGUACGCUGAUGUACUUAAUGUUAAAACCGACCAGUUUAGUACACUACGUACGCUGAUGUACUUAAUGUUCAAACCGACCUGAGUCUAUUGGUACAUUAAUUAUUUCAGAACGUUUCGAUAUACAUUCAUACACUCAGUUUAAUUAUCAGAUAGAUCGGAUGUGCAUUGCGCACGUUUACAAAAAAUUAUGUACUAUGUACAUUGUACAUUUAACAUCAUUGUACAUAAGAAUCACUGUUUAAGAUUGACUAAACCCAAACAAAUAUUCAAUUGAACCUUCUGAUUUUUAUAGAAUCUAAUUCUGUAAAACUAAACUUAUUGCAGUUGCCUUGUACACCACGUACAGACCUUCACUUGUACAUAAGUUGUAAUUGUAAAGAUAAGUUAAAUCUUACGUGUAUAUGAUAUUAUUUCCUGAGAAAUAAACGUAGUUGCAAAUUAA